AAAAGGUGGUACGAAGAGGGUGACGCCGCGGCGUUCGGGAUCACUCGAAUGAGUAUUUGCCCGGGCGAGCCGGGUGUCGGUGGCUUCUCUCCAGUUAAUCCCACCAAUAAUUUCACCGUGUCUCACCGAAAAAUUGAUGACCAAGUCAUCGCGCCAAUCGCGCCAAUCGCGCCAAUCGCGCCAAUCGCGCCCUUUGAGCAAUUGAAGGGCGCAUUAAAAAUUUCCUCGUUGGAAAUUAGCGUCUGACGCAAUUAGCUGGAGCGUUCGAGCCUGGAGGUGAAAAAAAAUUCAAUAAAAUAUCACCGCGAAAUUAAAUUGGCGACAGCUGAGUACACAUAGUGUUAAAAAAAGAAAGACAGUGAAAUAAUAGUGAGAUAAUUGUGAAAGAACUGGUGGAAAUGGUUUUUGAUGUGAGCGAGUGAGCGGGUGUUUGAGGAGACACUUAUUUUUCUCAACACGCCCAGGGACCGCUUACUGCUGCGUCACAUGGGCAACGUUCAUUGGUCGAUAGAGCGAUGUGACGUCAUUUGGGUGAAGACCAUUGGCUAACAGAACGGGUCCCGGACACGUGAAUCGUGGCCAAGCAAGCAUGGCUGUUGAUGCGCAGUGGUUAACACUUGUAAAAUGUUUCUGCCACGCGCCAGAUCGAUCAGGUUAUAAAGAGUAAAGACUAUUUAGCAUUCAUCACCCAAAAAUUAUUUGAUAACACCAUCUGGAUGGAUCCGUUGUGACCCAUCAGUCUCACGUGUAUAAAUCAUUGAAGUUAGCAUCGCGUUGAACACUGCUGGUAAACGAAAAAAAAAAAAAAAGUUAAAAGAGUGACGAGAAGAGAAGGAAGAGGAAAAAAAAACGAAAAAAACAGAAGAUUGCAGUUCUUGUGUGUGCAAACUCGGAGUGUAUGUACAAUUGACGCGUGUACUAGUGCAUCUCGUGACACCGAGAGAGACAGAAUUGAAUCUGAAAGACAAGGAGAGGGGGGAGACGUCUCUCUGUGUUGAGUUUUUAAAAGUUAAAAAGCCGAGAGUUUGUCUCCCUCCCGUUGGGCAAAUUUCGUGAUAGAGAGUUUGCAGCGUGAAAAUUCCCUUUGCCGGCCCACCAGGGGGAGAUUGAUUUCUCUACGAAACCCCCGUGAAAGUGGCAAACGCGCGUGUUUCCAUUGUGACUCGGGCUGCGCACUACCAUCCACUGGCACCCGGGUCAGUGUACCCCCUCAUAUCACCGGUGAUCCUCGCACCAUCGAGUGAAAAACAUCAGCAUGAGCCUGGAGACACUGCUGGAAGCUGCCCGAUAUGUCGAGCAGCAAGAGAAGAAACGAGAGAGGGUCGCCAGCACUUCCUCAUCCUCGGACCACUCAUUCGCCGUUGCCCCACACUCAAAUCAUCACAAUUCAAACGAGCCACGUGGUGCAAAGAUGAAAAGAGAGCGGAGCGAACCAGAUGACCUGUUCUGCGAGGAAAAAAUGCUGAUAAUCGAUGAGGAAGAUCCGCUGGACAUUAGCAGAACGAAUGGCAACCACUCGACAACCCUCCGGGGCAGUCCUAUUAUCUCACGUGGAGCACUUUCAAAUCCAAAUACCACUCAGACAAGCAUUCAUCACGUUACAACUCAUCAUCAAGUUCAUCACCAGAAUAAUCACAACAGUACAUCGCACAAUCAUUAUGUCGAUAAUCAUAGUACAAAUCAUAAUCAGAGUACUGCGGCGUCGAUCGUCGUCGACAUGGAUUCAUCGCAUGACAAUAAAAAACAUCGGAAUGGACCAUGUGUCAUAAGAUCUGGCACUCGGGAAGUUCACAACAAGCUCGAGAAAAAUCGUCGGGCCCACCUGAAGGAGUGCUUUGAGCUGCUGAAGAAGCAACUCCCAGCCCAGGACGAGAAAAAAUCAUCAAACCUGUCAAUCCUUCAUGCAGCAAUAAGGCAUAUUCAGACGUUGAGGAGAAAGGAGAGGGACUCCGAGCACGAGAUGGAGAGACUGGCGAGAGAGAAAAUUGCUGCUCAACAGAGGAUAGUUGCACUGAAGAAGGAACUUUCCACCACGUGGGAUCACAUUGAUUUCAGUACCUUGUUGCAGGAGCCGAGUUCAGUGAUCGAUCCAUUAUUAUGCAAAAAUGUUUCGGAAAGUAUGGACGUCGAUGUGUCAGGUCUGGCCCGAGGUGGUACACGAUACAGUAGCACCAGUAGUUUAAGUUCAGCAGCAACAGCGAGUUCACCCCAGAAUCAUCAAACAAGUACAACAUCAUCGAUUCACAAUCAAGUAGCAACAGCAGCUGUUGUAUGCCAGACCCAGGGGUUGAAUCUCGCCCAAAAUUCACGGGAGAGUCCACCAGCGAGCUCUAGCCCAGGUGCAUCAACCCCGAGUAUUCCAACUCCAGCUCAAGAAAAAGUCACUUCACCCCCAGUGGUCCAGCAGUCUCAUCAGCUGCAUCUGCCAAUAAGUGCCCAAAUGCUGAAUACAACCCAGGGUUUGGCAACAAUUGUGCCAACACUUCAGCAUCUGGGCUCUGGCCUUCGUGUGAUACCUGGUGACACGAGGCAAUUGCUCGUUACCCACACAACUGGUAGCAGUGAGCCACGACCACUAACUCUGGCUGUCCAAAAUCCUGGUGAUCAGACACGACCACUCAUUGCUGUACAAUCGAAUGCUGGAAGUGAGCCAAGACCAGUUGCACUUGUUGUGCAUUCAUCAGCAGCUAAUGACAACCGUGUGACGUUUGUACAUUCAAAUUUGUCGAACCAGGAGAGACCACUUGCACUUGCUGUACAAUCGUCAGCUAGUGAUGUACGACCUGUUACUUUUGUACAUUCGGGGAAUGAUGCGAGGCCACUCGUACUUGCUACACAUCCACCUCCACUCAAUGUCACUACACAAGCAAGAAUAAGGCCAGGGGACUCGCAAACAACCCACAAAAUGGUCGGUGGAGUGACGUUAGUGGGGGGCAAUGGAUCGGAAUUGACGAGACUUCCCGGUGGAGCUGAGUUGAAUAUUCUACCUGCCAAUGGUGUGUUCCGAUCAGUCAAGACACAGCCAUUAGCUGUCCAAGGAGGACUGACGUUGAGUCACGCUGGUGUCUCUCUCCAGACGUCAACGGGGAAGCCAAUGAUGCAGAGUUCACCGUCCACAGAGAGUAUAGCUCACAUUGUUGGCCAACACACAACCCUCUCAGGUCUGACACCCAUCGUAACUCCAAUGACAGUUGUCUCCCAGGGAAAUCAAGUGACCGCUCACAUCCUGGCACCCUCUAAUCUCGCUGGAAAGAUGAUAACAACACCGAUACUGAAAUCAGUGGGUCAGGUACCACUCGUUAAUGCCCAGUAUCUGAAUACAACGACUCUGGUGAAGCCCGUGGUCGUUGUCAGUUCACCAUCAAACUCAACACCAUCCACCAUAGCUUCCAGUACACAGCCUUCCGUCACUUCGCAUUCCAACGUCUGACAAAUUCGCAGGAGAACAAAGUUUGUUUGAGAUUGGCUUUGGGCAUUUUUUUCGUUUUAUUUCAAUGUUUGUGAUACAUCGAGAGGGUCUUGAUGGUUUUAAGAGUUUAACGUGACAUUAUCGAGGCUCAGGAGAACUAACACCAAUGAUGAUAUUUUUUCAAAAACUGCAUGGUUUAUCAUUUUGCCAGAUUUUACUUUCAAGUAUGAAUUAAGAGAUUAAUUAAUUUAUUUAUUAAGAAUUAAGUUGGAUUUCAUUGAGAAGUGGUAAAUUGAGAUGAGUCGAAUUUGAGAGUUUUAUUCGGUAGUGAUUUUGGGAGAAUAUUCGUUCCAGUUUAGUUUGAGGAAAUAUCAAAAGACUUUUUGUUGAAAAAGUCCUUUAAUGUUUUCCACUUAAAUCUUUGGUUUACGAGCGUAAUCGAUAAUCAUGAAAAAUCUUUGAUGCGAUUUAUCUUUUUUUACCGCUUUGGUACCGACUUAACAAGUUAUUGAAACAAGUUGAAUUACUUGAUAUAACAAAAAGUUUAUGAGGAAUCUAACAGUCGUUAUAAAUAAUUCAUGCAAUUUUAGAUUGAUGUCGUCAUUUGCGAGGAAAUUUCUUGACUGGGAUGAAUGAAGCAUAAUUAUUUUGGAGGAAGUAAAAAAAUAACAAGAACUGAUUUUAUUCAAUAAUGGAUUUUGAGGAGAUCCGGUAGAAAGGCAAUGCCGUCUCUGGAAGAACAUUUAAUCUUUCAUUUUCUGUGUAAAUUUAUUAUUUAAAAAAGUGUGGCAUUGAUAAUCUAAUUUAUGAAAUAUUCGGAGGACUGUAAAUUAUUCGAGACCAAAGGGAGGAAAAUUUGAAGAUAAAAUUCUGAUCUCUCCCGAAAGAUUAUUACUCAAAUCAGGCUGUCCCAACUUCAAGGCAUGUGAAGGCAUUUCUCGAUGAGAAAUCCCAAAUGUUCGAUAUUCAUCUCCACUAUAAGCUAUCUUUAUUCUCAUCGUGUGGAAUCGAGGGAGACAUAUCUGAAGAUAAAGUUGAUUAACUUUUAACGGAUGGAACAUGAUAAGAUUGAUAAAUUAUUUCUUUUCAUCCCAAACUCGCCAAAAUUAUGAAAUUAGGUUUUUCUCGUAUUAUUUUAAAAAAUGUCCACAUGAGACUGAAAAAUUAUCUGGAUUUGGGUAAGGGGAUUGGGGACACUGAGACUGUGAUUUGGACGUUUUUUGGAUAAUUGUCGUGUGCCCUUAAUAUUUAAAUGGAAUUUUUUUGAUUUUUGGCUUUUGACGCAUUCGAACAAAUGCUUCUACAACAAUUCGGCAGCUUGAAUUCGAGUGUGAAUGAAAAAUCCAGUGAUAUUUGUCACGCUCAAGGGUGUGAGUCCUCGACCGUUGACGGCCUCGAGUUAAUUUCCUCAGAAAAAUUAAAAAAAAUAACAACACUUUGUAAGAUAGUAUUAAUAUUUACAUCCUAUAAUUUUUUUAAUGUAAAUUAUUUAAUCAGUGGGACGAAUGCUGGGUUGAAUGAAAGCUGAGUGAGAAAAUUCAUUGAUGAAGUCAUGAAGUGAGAUGAGUCGAAUUUUACCGAUUUAGUAGGAAAUACCAAAGGACCUUUUUGCUCUGAAAUUUAAUCAGCUUCAAGCAAGUCCUCUGAUAUUUCCACGUCAAAUCAAGUUUUAUAGAUAAAUCCAUAUACAGUAGACGUCCGUUAUAGUCACGUGCAUGGGGCUGUAGGUGAGACGAAAUAGGAGGAUUCGACUACAUGUAAUACACCCGCUACGCACUCGCUGGGACCGUAAACCGAAUUUUUAGCAGGAAUGUAGGAAAAGCAGGUCUUUGUUUUAAAAACUCAAAAUCUUAUUGUCGAUAUCUUCUAAUUUUGCAAGUUUUUUUUUUUACAAAUUCCUGAGAAAAACGUUGAAUCCGGCUAAUCUCGCAUUAUUACUUCAUUAAUAAAUUGAUUAAUUGAUUAAUUGAGCUCGGAGUGGGCUUGAUAAAGAAAUGAGCAGGAGAAAAAUAAUUAGCGAUGAAAAAUUCUCGAGUCUUUUUCAGUUUCCCCUGUGUCACUUUGCCACUUGGCAACCGAAUUGAAUGGAAUAAUCUUUCCCAUUUCUUUAUUUGUCUCGGUAGUCGAACGUUUGGGUGAUUGAUCGUCACGUCUGCAGUAUAGACUAAAUUUUUAACAUGUCUUUUAUAAAAAAAAAAACAAUUGGGUAGAGCAGAAUCAAUGUCGCUUUCUAAGGAUAAUCUAUCGUUUAUCACAAUAAACCUCCCCUGAUGAAUCAAUGUUAAUCGAACGACUGUUCGUUCGUGUAGUGAAUAGCUGAAGGAACAAAUAUAUGUCACAUAAUAAUACAAUGAGGAGAAAAAUGGCAGAGGUGUCAAAACUGUUAUAAAGCGAUAAGUGAGAGCGUAUUGCAUGGGAUAUCUGUCGUAUUACAAGAAACUUAAAUAAAAUUGGAAGUACAUUUAAAAUCGUAGCUCCGUGGGAUUCAUGUGCGAGAGAGGAAGAAAAAAGUAUCGUUAAUGCGUACGCGAAAAAUGUGAUAAAAAAAAGAAAUAAUUAAUGAAAUUAAUUAACAUUUUUAGAGUAAGAACCUCAAGAAACAGUGGUUUAAUAAAAUAAAUGUUGAUGAAACUGGCUGGGCUGAUUCUGAAAUUAGGGAAUUUACAGCUGAUUGUUCUAUUAAUAUCUUGAAUUAACGAAUUACCUAAUUGUACAUAAUGUGAAGAGAUUGGAAUACCGAGGGUACGGUGUAACGAAUGAUUCUGUGAAAUGCUCAAUUAACUGGAACAUUUGGUUUAUAAGUUUCUUCGGUGUGACUGACAUUCGGUUUGAGUAUUGCAGUCGAGAUUGGAGGGAUUGGUUGAGUGUACAGAAUUCUGUCGGUUGAAAUAGCUGUCAAGAGUUCUCUCUAAUCCAAUUGAGUUGUCAAACUUUUUGAUUUUUUUUUGUCGAGCGCUUAAUCAAACUGAAUUGGCACACUCCAACAUGCAUUCAAUAGUGUCUGAAAAAUAGAUCUAAUGAAUGCUACAUGUCCUGUGAAUAUCUUGCGUGAGGAAUUAGUUGCCAGUGGGAAGAAUUCGAGGCCCGCGUGAUUGAUAAGUUCAGCGUCGAAGGGAUCAAGAGUGACAAGUCAAUUUUCCAAAUCUAUGAAUUUCUGAAUUUAAAAGCGAUGACGGAAUUGUAAUGAUUCCCUUUAGCUCCUCCUUGACCCUGGAAAAAACAUCUUGAUAUUGUGACAAUGGAGGUAUUAAAUGUCGAUUGAUCUCGAAAAAUAUCGAUUUGCGAGAAAAUCAGGAAAAUUUUCGUUGGGAAUGUAAUGAGUUACAAAAAAUCUUUGAAGAUUUAAAAUAUAAAUCGAUAGUUUCUGAUAAAAAUCGAUAGUAAAGGAAAAAGUUGAAUGAGAUUUAUCUCGCUUUACCCCUUCCUCCCUGAAAUGACACGAGUUCAAUACGAACGAACUGAUUUUUUUCCGAAGAAUGCAAGAAUUUUCAAGACGAGAAUGAUAUUGGAUUGAUGAACUGGAUCAAAUCGUGUGAAAAGUGAAAAUCUAGAUUGCAAAUGUUGAGAUAAUGGAUUUAAUGUUAAUGGACUUUAACUGUACAUUAACUUUGUAUAUUUCUUGUAAAUAGAUAAUUUAAUGGUAUCGAAUUAAUUUACUAUAUGUCUAUGUAUUAAUUUUAUUGAUUACAGUGAGUGGAUUUACGUUUCCUUGUAAAUAAUACGUUGAAACGAGUCGCCUUGCUGUAAUAAAAAAAUCAUUACAAAAAUUGGAGCGUCGAUUUAUUGCAGCCAAUACUAAUCCCAAAACACGUAAAGCAGUUUUGUUACGCACGAUGGACUGGGAAAUGAUUAAUGCGGGUAAUUAUUAGUUGAUGUUCCAUUUAUUAAAAAUAUGCACUAAUUCACAUUGUCCUAUUUCAUUACUUUCAGAUAGAGUUAAAGUAUGCGCACAAUAGUAGAAUUGUUCUCUAUCUACAAUCAUCGAAACGUUAUUUUUUGUUAUUUACUUUUCAACUAGCACACGACUCCCAAAAUAUAUUAUUUCACGUUUGCCAUUUAUAAAAGUCUAGACAAUUCUAGCGCUUGGGCCAAUCUCAUAUUUUCUCACGUUAUCACCUACGGGGACAGGUUCGAAGCAUUUUCUAAUUAUUUUUUUCUUUGGUCGAGUUUCAAGUGUAAAGACUCUAUUUUCUGUACUUAUUCCAUCGCGAGUUGGCUAAAAUUUUGAAUAAUAGGAGAAAAUUUGCCGUUAGCAUUUUUGAUAGCCGGGAAGAGUUCGUCAGUUUGGUUUUUUAAUGGAAUCUUCAAUGAAAUCUUCGAUGAGUCACUUAAAAUUAACAUACGGAACACCAGUUGCAUAUUAAUGAAUUUUAUAUUAACGAUCAACUGAUAAAACGAGUGCGUAUUGUACGAAAGUGCAAAAUUCUCACCUAAAAUCAUAGUCACGACUGUUACACGUAUAGAAAACACUGUAAUAGGGAACAUGAAGUUUUAACAGAAUGAAAAAUCUAGGAAAUCACAAUGAUUGUACGGUAAAUAUGGCAAUGAUCAAGUAAGAUUGAAUCGUCAUGUAUCGCUAACUAUACAUCAUUACACUAAACAAUAGUUUCUAUGAUAAACUUGUAAUGAAAGUAAUUGGACUAAAUAGAAAUUGUUAAAAUACUGAAAAUGAAAUGGCACAAUGAACAUGAAACGUCAACUCCGGAUGAAAAAUUGAAUUCGCAAUAAUUCACAUAUACCGGUACAAUUGGCCCUGUCAGCAUUAAAGUAAAGAUGUUGAAUCUUUAUUUAUAUUCUCGUCAAACAUAAUUUGUACUCGUAAGUAAUACAAUUCUCUUUCUUCCCUACCAUACAAUUUUUUUUUUCAAAAACAUCCUCGAGUGAUUUUCAUUUUUUCUGGGGUUCCAAGAGCAACUUAACUAUAAUAUUAAAUAAUUUUAUAAAUCUCAUUCAUCGAAGCAUUAAAAAAGAGUUGUAACUUUUUUUUUGCACACGUGCUCCACUCAAAACUUAAAUUUAUCCGUUAAUUAAUUCGAAUAGGCUUUAGUAUUUGUUUUUGGUAGACAAUAGAAAAUAUUGACAAGUAGUUAUUUUGCACAAACACACAUAAUUUGCUAAAAGCUUUCGAAAGAGUGAAAUUCGAACACAUUUUUUUACUACCAAAAUUAUUACUCGUAAAUAUCCUUCUUGAUUUUUCUGAAUCAAGGGGUAACUAUUUCCUGGAUUACAACUUAGUUAAUUAUAAUUGCAAUCAUGUCGCGAGAGUAAACGAUCACCUGACGAGUAAUUCCCAUGAUGGUUUCCAUUCUUUCUCCAUUACAUAUUCAUUUAGUCAAGAUAAAAUCAGUAACGAAACGGUAAAAUCGUUGUUUACGAUUUCGUUGCUGAAAUUUAGAGGGGAAUUUCGGUGAUUUGGGUUUUUAGUAUACGAUUAAAGUCGACUUUUGUUCCAGUGGCAUGAGAUCUCAAGAGGAAGACGAUGGAUAGCUUCGAAUUAAUUUCAGAUUAAAAAUUAUUAAUAAAUUGAAUUAGUCAACGAUUAUCUUUGUACUCAGAUGCGUCGUUUUGUAAUUCUUAUUCAUACAUUUUUCUUCAGAUUUUUUUCUCUACACCAAAAAUAUAUCCGACGCACUGGUGCUACAGUGGAGUGUUGAGAGAAAUGCGGUAUCAAUUUACGAUUGAAGUUACAGGGUCAUCUAAGUGUAUGUACAUUUUGACUCCAGCUAUUUAUGUACAUGCUGUAUCUUCUCAGCUGUUUUUUUUCUCAUUUCUUUGUCAACCAGAUGAUCGUGCUGGAGAAUCGCGUUAUUUUUAUCGUUAAGAUUACCUACACAUGUUGAACACAAUGGUCGAAAAGACAUACUGGAUCACAAUUGAUUUUUUUCUCUUUUCAUUUUCAUUUUUGAUGUAACUCUGAUUUUUUUUUUUAUUCUAUGAUUGUGGUUUUGGGAGAGAAAAUAAUUGAGUUAUUGCGCGUUUUCAUUUCAUGGAGUUAAUAAAAUGGAAAUGGAUUUUCAUUCAGUUGUGAACUGACGAGAGGAUAGAAAUAAUUUUUUAGUGGAUUCUCCUGAUAAAUAAAAGAAAUAAUCGUCGUCGGAGAAAAAAUUGAUUACUUCAUCAAUUUGUUAAAUGAGAUUGAUAUUGAUUAAAUCAGGAAUUUCCCAGGAAAGAACUCGUAAUAUUUUCCACCGAAAUAAUAAAAAAGUGUAAAAAUAAUUUUUUCGUUGAUAAAUUCGCACCUGGACUGGCCAUACAUUAAUUUUUGAUUGUGCUAACGAACGGAAUGUCAAGUGUCCUUGAGACUGGACCAUCGUGGUGAAUAUGUGCACGGUCCCUUCCAGAUAAUUAUCUCGCCCGAUGGAAUUAAACUCGAUGCAAGUAAUUGUUCAGAUUUAAAGCUCGCCUUUCCAAAGUAUUUACCAGGAAUAUUGAGGUAGAAAAAUUCGAGAGAGAGAGGAAAGAGUGGAAUAUUCCAUUUUUGUUUACGUGGAAUCAGAGUUGCGAGAAUAAUCGGUGGCAG